AUAUUUUAUUUUAAUUAAUUAUAAAGUAAUUUAUUUUGUAUUAUUUUAUUAUGUCUAAAAACUUUUACUUUGAGAAAUGGAAACACACUAUACGAGACUUGAAAAAAUUGGUUGAAUAUGACGUUCAUUUACAGGUCGUCAAAGCUCACGACGCAACUCUCUUCGAGGCCGUGCGCCGGUUGUCUGGAGUCCUGGGCGAGUACAUGGUGGUGUACAACCACCUCAUUGAAUGCUGCCAUCAGAACCUGCAAGUCCAGAAGACUGCGUUCAUCGAUAAUAUUAUCAAGGCUCUUGUUUCUAGAAUAUUUGAGCUAAAGGCCGAACUGGAAAAAUUAGAAGGAAGUCGUUUUCAAUUCAUUGGUCAUGGGUUGAUUGCAGUCCAUCACACGGUGUUUGACAUCGAUUUGACCGCGAUACCCCUGCAGGUGGGCAGACCAGAACACAUACAGGAAGAAUUUGAUAAAAUACUAGCUAGAGUGAAGGAAAUGAAAGAAGUUGUUGAAGAAGUCGAAGAAGAAGAAGAAAAAGAAGAAAUUGAACAACCGCGAGUCCAGUUUCUUGAUCUUUGGGGUUUUGAAGUGAAAGACGAGGAGCCUGUGUUUAAAGCUAAAGAAGUGGAUCUGAAUAUACCAGAAGAAGUACGCAAAACGAGAGAAUAUCUGGCUUUGAUACUUGCACAUGAAAAAUCCAGACAAGUUAUAAAAAUGGUGAAAAAGAAUCAACUAAGAAGAGAGAUGUGGGUGAAGGAGCUGACUGGGACCUUGCAGCCUCCAGCGAGAUAUGAGAUCAGAGAGAGAAGUUCUCAACUCAUUUGUAAAGUAUUCAGGGAAUACUUCAAGUUGAAACGACAGCGGAUUAAGGACUGUAAGAGAGAUCAAUUAUUGGGAAUUAAUAUUUGCGACUCGCCGACUUUAGAUCUACAAAGAGUAAAUGCUGAUAAAAUGCUUAUUGAGCGCUCAAAACUGCGAGGCAUUUAUGAGAAAGAGUGGAUAAAACAUCGUGAUAAGAUAAGAGAAGAAGUUUUCAAAUCUAAACAAGCAAAAAUCUGUGAUGAACUACGGGACCAAAUCAGGGAGUGGUUCCUUCAAUGGUUUGAUGCAGUACGUUUUUUCUACGACAUACCAAAAGAAGGACCUGUUGCAAUCUUCAAUGGUAACGUUCCCGAUCCUGAAGAUUGGUAUGAGCAGAAUGAAGCUCAACUGAUGAAAAAUGCAGCGAACAAAAAGAAAAGUCCUCAAGAUCUAAAAUUCGAAAAACUAGAAGCAAAAAAGCAAGAAAAGAUGUUAAAACAAAAAGAACUAAUGAAAAAUAAAUCAGAAGCACUUUUGUUAAAGAAGAUGAUGAAAAAUCCUACGAUGCAUCCAGGAUAUAAGUUUCCAGUUUCGAAAACUAUUCAAAAUCUUAAAGAUGUUAUAGACUACUAUCACCAGUCAUGGGACAUAUAUGAUAUAUGGGGAACUAACGAUGUUAAAGAAAAGUACGUUCAUGAAGUUGAUGUGAUUAACGCCAUAAUGGAAGUGUCGCUUCAAGUUAUGCCAAAAGUAGAUCAAGAUAUGAGGCAUGAACUUAAAAAACUAAAGCAAGCUUUGAGCGAAGAUUAUAAAAACCUCGAGAAGGAAAUACCGAAGGACGUGACAAAGCCAAUGAAAAAGGAAAAGCAGAAGAAGAUAAUUCGCGUUGAAUUGAAUAGUAAUAUUAAAAAAAUGAUUGAGGAACUAGCUCUACAAGAUAUCAUAGUAGAAUAUCCUAGAGUGAAAUUAAAAGACUUUCUUGGAGACCCUAACUUUGGUGGAGAGGAUUUGAGGCGACUAAUUGUACCAACAUUUCCAUUCAACUUUGAAAUCCGAGCGUUCUGGUGGGAGAGAUGUCGUGACGUGAGUCACGGCUUCAACAGGAUACUGCUGGUUGGACCUAGAACCAGUGGCAAGACUAUACUUGUUAAGACUUUAGCUUCUAUGAAUAAGGCAGUCCUUUUCGACUUAGACCCUGACAAAAUCCAAGGAGACUUGCAAACGGCACCAUUCCUGAAACGUCUGGUGAAAAUGGUAGUUACUUGUGCCAAGGUGUUGCAGCCUUGUGUCAUCCAUGUCAAACAUGUGCAGAAACUGUUUUAUAAUAAGACACCAACUGAAGACGUAGACAUGAAUUAUGUCCUUAUAAAGAAGUACUUUGUACAGUACUUGGUGAAAAAUAUUAGCAAGACUGACAACAUAACAAUAGUAGGUACCUGCAUAGACCCAUGGCUAGCCAAAAGCAAGGGUUUAUUGAGGUCGUUUCCUACAGUCCUGCUUCUACCAGACAAUACGUACUCCCAAGUCGUGCUGCUAUUGGAAGAUUGGGUGAUCAAGUAUGAAGUAAUACCAGCCAACUUCAACGUGACCAACUUGGCUCAUAUACUGCGAGGGUACAGCUUCGGAUAUCUGAAAGACGCGCUGGAGAGGUUCAUGUCGGCUGACAGAAUUAUCAAAAUAGCUGCUUAUGGACUAACACCUAUGGAAGUCUUAAAUUAUAUUUUAGAGGAUGAAACUGCUGAGUUAGUUGAAUACGACAAGUACCUGAAAUGGUACCACGAGAAAACAGCUCCUGGCAUUAAAGAAGCGAAGCACUUACAAGAACAAUUAGACUACAGAGCAGCAUUUGAGAAAUACGUAACGAAGGCUAAAAAGGAAACUAAAUCAGCGCCCAGUAGUGCCACUACGAGCAACGCUGGCACCAAUGACUAAUUAA